AUGACCGGAAACAAAAAUAAGACCAUUUGCUCGGCUCUGUUAUAUCCUUCUUCAAUGGAAUCCGGCGAACCAGAAACAGCCUUCGAGUUACUCCCGCUUAUUCGUAUCUACAAGAAUGGAAGAAUUGAGCGACUUGUCGGAAUUGAUUUCGUCCCAUCGGGAACCGAUCCUCUCACCGGCGUCACAUCUAAAGAUGUAACAUUACUCCCGACAUUUGGCGUCUCAGCGAGACUCUUCCUCCCAAACCUCACUCACUCAACUCAACGCCUUCCAGUAGUAGUCUAUUUUCACGGUGGUUGCUUCUGCACACAAUCACCUUUCACGGCCAAGUACCACAACUAUCUCAACGCCCUUACUGCUGAAGCCAAAGUCGUGGCAGUUUCCGUUAACUACAGGAAGGCGCCAGAGCAUCCCAUUCCCACAGCUUACGAAGACUCGUGGGCUGCCCUUCAAUGGGUCAUUUCACACCGUGAUGGGAAAGGACCUGAGAUGUGGAUGAACAAACAUGUAGAUUUCAAAAGGGUGUUUUUGGCCGGAGCUAGUGCUGGUGCCAACAUUGCUCACAACCUGGCAAUGGUGGCCGGAGAUCCUGAUUGUGGGGUGAACAUCAAUCUCAUUGGAGUUGCUUUGGAGCAUCCAUACUUUUGGGGCAGUGUGAGAAUUGGUAAGGAGGCAGAGAAUCCAGUGAAGGCGAGGUUAUUUGAUCAGCUGUGGGGGUUUAUUUGUCCAGCGAGACCGGAGAAUGACGACCCAUGGGUGAAUCCAGUGGCAGAAGGAGCAGGGAGGCUGGCGGGGCUGGGGAGUGGGAGGGUGCUAGUUUGUGUGGCGGAGAAAGAUGUGCUGAGGGACAGAGGAAGGCUUUACUUUGAGGCGUUGGGGGGCAGUGGGUGGUUCGGGGUGGCGGAGAUUGUGGAAACGGAGGAUGAGGAUCAUAUGUUUCAUUUGAAUGAUUUGGAAGGUCAGAAGGCUAAGGAUCUGAUCCGACGCCUGGGGGAUUUCUUCAACAGGGAUAUGCCCCCUUCUCUGCUGCUCUGAGUCUUUGACUUUGGUCGGGUCUUCAAUUUUUAAGGCUAUUUUGUUAUGGAAUCGAAUUUGUAAUCUUUUUUUAUUUUUAGGGAAGAAAGGGUAAACGAGGCAUAUUUAGAGUGUCCAGAACAUAGAGGUGCACUUUUCUACUUUCUCUGUUUCUAUCAACUAAAAGAAUGAUAUUGGAAUUACAAGAACAGAUCAAAACCAAUAACCAUUGAAGAAUCUGACAUCCCGAUUCCAUCAUAAUGAACAUGUAGCUUUUUAAUGGA